UUAAUACCCAUUAAAAAAACACAGAAGAAAACAUUGCGCGGAGGAUCCGAAGAACCCUACUCCCCAGCUGUUCUUCCACUCCGCGAGAUGCCGAGACAGGAAAUGGAUUUACCCGACCGAAGCUCCAUCAGAUCCCCUACUUUCAUCGGUUUCCGAACCUCCGAGGGGCCGCACGAUGAUAUGUGAACUUUCUCAGAAGCAGAUGUCAAACCAAAUGGCCAUUUCCACCCCUCCCCCCUCUUCCUCAUCCUCUCCAGCUGCAGCCGUCUCCGUCGCCGGCGUCCGAUCGCCACAGUCAGUUCUAGCACAACCCCACCUUCCUUCUUCCCUCUCUUUUAACUUCCUUCUUCCUCCCACACAGCCAUUGACAUCGUGCCCGCCGCCUGAUCACCACCCUGAACCGAUUGUGGCGGUGGGGAGAGUGCGGCUGAUUGAUAUCCUGCCAUACGAAGGGGCUCCGAGCAGCACUUAUCUUAGGGCUGUGGACGCCUUGUCACGGUCACUGACAAGGCACAACGCGGUGGUGAUCGAGCUGGGGAAUGAAGAAGAAGUGGUGAUGCGAUGCGCUCUGGAGUCGGUACGGAUGUUUUUCAAGGCUCGUGCACAAUGUGGGAGCGGUUGGGGAGGUGGGAAUUGGGGGAAGUCGGGCCGGGGGUUCUACACUUACCGCGCUGGGAGAACCUUGGAAGAUGGAGACCUAUCACCUCCUUGCAUGAGUGAUGCUUUUAGGUGUUUGAGCAGGGCGGCUCGGUCAUCACUUUCUUCAAUAGCCAAAAAUCUUCGUCUGCGAAGCGAUGUUUUCAACCAUUUGCUUGAUGAUACACCAUUGCCUUUGAAUGAGGUCUCAUCAUCAGUUUUGGUAGCAACCUAUUCUCAUGCCUCUUUACAGAAUGGUAAGGGGUCUCUAGGAGGGAAAUCUUCAGUUAGUGAAGUCGAAAAAGGAUUGUUAACAAUUAUUGCUUCCGACCAUCCAGGCAUCCAGGUUUGUGACCCAAAUGGCCAUUGGUACCUAGCAGAUAAAGGUUCUACUCCUGCAGACUUGUUGCUACUUACUGGAAAGACACUAAGUCAUGCUACUGCUGGCCUUCGCAUUGCAGCUUCUUAUAGGGUUGCUUCCGACUACAACUCUUGUGGAAGGGCAUCAUUGACAUUUAGACUAAUGCCACAAGCCAAUGCUAUCUUGGACUGUUCUCGAAUUGCAGCAGCUGGCCAUGUGAUUCCACAAGGUUACCAACCCAUUUCUGUAAGCCAGUUCAUGGAUGACUUGUCUGCAGAAGAAGAUAUCAUGUGCAACCCUCCUGAUAGUGCAUGCGAAGUUCAAAACAGUCUUACAACUGAGCCUUCAUUUAGAAGUGUCCUUUCAGAUCCCUUAUCUGGGGCGUUCCUUGAAGAUGCAGUAGUUGUUUCUUGUGGACAUUCAUUUGGUGGCCACAUGCUGAAGAAAGUCAUGGAAAUGGCGAGAUGCACUCUUUGCAAUGCAGAGAUUGAUUCAGGCUCCUUGAUCCCUAAUCUUGCUCUCAGAGCAGCAGCAGCAGCAGUGAGGAGUGAAGAUGAAAGAAGACUAUUUCAUAAUACUCAUCUCAGAAAACGUAGGAAAGAAGGGGGUGAACAAAUGGACCCACCAAAGAAACCAGGAAAGGAAAAUGGUGAAAUGAAUGUUGAUGGCCAUACUGCCAAGCAUUUAAAAGGCGUUCAGUUUCCAUUUGCAGUUAACGAGAAAGUUCUGAUUAAGGGCAACAGGAGAACCCCUGAUAAGUUCGUUGGAAGGGAAGCCAUUAUUACUUCGCUGUGCUUAAAUGGGUGGUAUCUCCUCAAGAUUCUCGACAGCGGCGAGAGUGUUCGACUUCAAUACCGAUCUCUUCAGAAGCUACGAAAUCCUCAAGUUGAUGAUGGCACGCAGCCAUUAACAUUGAUACAGAGUAACAGUUGACAGAAAUCCCAGUCUCUGUUUAAUCAGGUUCAAACCUAUUUCCAACUGUUUGUAAAUUUUGUGAUCUUCCUCCUGUAAAUGCAAUGUUUCAAGGCUUUUACGUUUUACCCCAAUGGAAAGAGAUAGAACUCAAGGAAGGAAAGAGAAAUUACGAGGCCUUUCAAAGAGAAAACUCACGCAGUCAGUUGCGAGGAUCUUUGAAAGACUGUACAGAUCGAAUGAGGAAAUACCUUUCUCGUUGCUGCAAUCUUUUGCCAUAAAUAUCUUCAGUUUCAUGCAAUACAGAAAGAUGCAACGAUGGCCAAAAGAGCAUGUAGUUGUAUGCAUGAUUUGCAGGUAUUUACUAUCUUUGAAAUUUUGAUCUGCUUAAUGCUCGGCUAUAAGUGUUGUAUUAACAUAAUAUUUAUUAGAUUUGAUCCACAUAUGUCAUAUAUA